UAGUAGGACUUAUUUGGUGGACGGACUGGGUUGCACCCACUGGCGAAAACAACAUGUGUACUCUUAUUUGCCCGAUACAUUCUCACAGUAAAAUUUAAAUAAAAAUGUAAGCCUUGCCAAUAGCAUCACUUACAUAGAUUCAACUAAAGUAAACUAAAUUAUAGCAUUGUUUUAAGGAAGUAUUCAUCAUGAACCGAAGAUGAUGCCAAUAAUUUAACCCUCAUGUUUGGUCCAGUGCUGUGUAGAUUACCAGGAGGCAUCAAGACGUGCAUCCUUCGACCAGUAGCCAGUGUUUUCACCAGCAGCUCCAGAAUGGCCAAGAGCAAGUUUGAGUACGUCCGUAACUUCGAGACAGACGACACCUGUCUGAAAAACUGUUACAUCGUGGUGCGGUUGGAUGGAAGGAACUUCCACAAUAAGCUGAUGACCCAUGUCGCGUCCCAGUUCUCCUCUUCCUAUGUGUUCUACUGGAGGAACUACUUCGGAGACCAGCCCCUCCUUUACCCCCCGGGGUUUGACGGGCGGGUGGUUCUGUAUCCUAGCAACCGCAACCUCCGGGACUACCUCAGCUGGAGGCAGGCUGACUGUCACGUCAACAACCUGUAUAACACAGUGUUUUGGACGUUGGUGCAGAAAGGCGGACUCACCACUACACAGGCAGAGGACCGACUAAAGGGAACGUUGGCAGCAGAUAAGAAUGAGAUCAUGUUUUCUGAGUUUAAUAUCAAUUACAACAAGGAGCCUCUGGUCCACAGGAAAGGAACAACCCUCAUCUGGGAGAAGCUGGAAGAAACAGUGACCAAGAGCGUGACGCUCCCCAACGAGGCGGGGGAGGAGGUGCUAGUGACACGCACCAGGAGGCGUGUCAGUGCCCACCACUGUGACGUCAUAGGGAACCAGUUCUGGGAGGAACACCCCCACAUUCUAGAAGACGACAGCUGCUGAGCUGACGGACACCAGCCCUUUGUGGAUAACGUUGAACAUGGACAGAGUCUAGGGAGGGUUCUUCGUACUCCCAAAUGCUCCUGCUGUGGGAUGGAGAGGGUUGAGAGCUCUCACUCUGCAUGGACAGAUACUGUUAAUCACCAACUCUUGAUUGGAACACACUCAACGGUGGCAGUAAAACAAGAGGUCUUCCAUAACUCCACACCAUCAUUCUCUUUGCUCAUGUGCUGUAUACAAAUAUUUUACUGUGAUUAAAUACGGCCGGUGUUUUUAUGUCUGGAACCAUUAAACCAAGAGAAUAUGUACUGUUGAUUGUUUUUCCGGUGUUGAUGCUGGCAUAUUAUAUCAUCAUAAUAAACUAGUAGGCUUACUGUU